GAACUUAGAGCGCGACCAACACUACGAGAUCAAAGUUAUCGCUUACAACAGUCAGGGCGACGGACCCACCAGUAAACCCAAAAUGGUUUACGUCGGCGAAGCCGUUCCGACGGGUGAGCCGUUGAAUAUAACGACAACAGCGCUGUCAUCAUCCGAGAUGAGGGUCACGUGGAGCGCACCCGACAAAAACAAACAGAACGGACUGAUCAUGGGAUAUAAGAUAUUCUAUUGGCAGCAAACAGAGCCCCACUAUCGGCUCAACAGUGACCUGAACGGCAACACCCAUAAGAGUGUUUACUACGAACAGCCCCGAGAGAUGAUGGAGAUCGUGCCCGACACCACCGAAUCCUUCAUUCUCUUGGAUCUCAUUAAAUGGUCUAAUUAUAGCAUUCAGUUGUCGGCGUUUAAUCCGGCCGGCGAUGGCCCCCGAUCUCGAGCUAUUGUCGUCGAGACCAAAGAGGACACUCCCGGGCCGGUCGGCGCUCUCGUGUUCGAUGAGAUAACGAUGUCUCAGGUGAAGGUCUCCUGGAAACCGCCGGUCGAACCCAACGGCAUUCUGUUGGGCUAUUAUGUCAUGUAUGAGACACUGAUUAACGACUUUAGCAAACAAGUGAAGCAAAAAAUAAACGAUAACUAUUUGGUGGUCAAUGGCUUAAGGGAACGGGUUAUGUAUACCUUCAAAGUUAGGGCCGAGACAUCCGCCGGUGUGGGACCCGAGACUAUUGGAAACGUGACGACUGGCCCACAGCCCGGUUCGCCCCCUCCACCCACUGAUGUCAUAUCGACUCAAACGCUGACUUCAGUGAAGCUCAAGUGGAAGAAUCCGGACUAUAGGGCUAUCACUGGUUAUCUGAUCGAAGCUAAUAAUCUGAACAUAAAGGGAGCGCUCGAAUGGCAACCCGUCUCACAGAUUAAGAAUGGAAGACAAGAGAGAUAUGAAUUAAGUUACACUCAUUUGGCGCCGUCUUCUCAGUACACCUUC